AUGAGUUCACGAGCACUUAGGAAGCUUGGUGGAAAGAGUCUUGAAGAUGAGUUAAAGAGACUAGAUAUUGAUGUAUCUCCUGAAGAGGAUGUUGCAGAUAAAUCUGUUUCAGAGGAUGAUGACCAACCUGCAAUCAAUCCGCCCAAGUUUAACGCUUUUGCAUUUCUUGAUGGCAACGAUGAAGUGCUGGACAAUGACGAUGAAGACGAGGUAGAAACACAAAAUGAUUCCAAACCGGCUGAUACCACUAAGCGCAUUGAGUCAAGUACUCCACCAACCAGCAAGAGGAAGUCGAAAAAGAAGAAAAAAGCCAAGAACAAAUCAAGGUCAUCGACACCUGCACAAGAGACUGAAGAUGACGAGGAGGAGGACAUUGACAAGAUCCUUGCCGAAGUAAAACGCAAGGAGCAAGUCGCAAAGCCUUCUCCAAAGACAACUUUAGAGUCGUAUGAUUUUGAAGAGGAAUAUGAUUCUACCUUGGAACCCUGCGUGGUUUAUGACUCCAACUUUAAAAAUUUCACCACGGAAAGAUUGAAGCGGUCCCUCCCUUUACUAUCUAUCAAAUCAUUUAAAAAUUUAGAUCAGGACCAAGAAUACAAGAAUUUGUUUGGUAAUUCGUUAUCAACCGAAUUGAUCGAGGAUGCAAAUUCAACCACAUCAUUAGCGAUAUCACCAGAAUUGCUACAGCAGUUUAAGAAAUUAGGCAAAAUGAUCCGGAAUUGGGGUGGCAAAGAUCGCAGGAGCAUCCCAGGCACAUCACGCAAGUUACUUUUAUCUAAAAUAAGGGAUGAUUGGCUACCUACGCAAUUGAAAAGUGUAUCCAUGGAAGAAUUGGGCGAAGAUGAAGUUUUUGAAUUGCUCAGAUAUAAGGAAAGUGAUGUUGAUGACUCCGAUUUACGUACAAAGGUAUCUAAAGAAAGAAACUUGGGUGUGAGGUAUUUCAGGUUUAACAAGGUCAAUGAUACAAAAAAUAGGGUAGCAAAUACCAGGUUUUAUGCAUCAACUGUACUUACACCAGAUCCAGAGUCUCUCAUGCAUUUAUUGCAACAGAAUCCUUACCAUCAGGAAACAUUAUUACAAGUGGCAAUGGUAUUACUAAGACAGGGUGACAACAAAGCCACUUCCAAUGCAUUAAUAGAGAGGGCAUUGUUUACAUUUGACCGAAGCUUCCACAAAAAGUUUCAUGAAUUGGUGUCUUCAGCCGAGAACGGAUUGGUCAGGCUUCCCUAUGAAUUUUUUUCCAAUCGUCAAUUUCACUUGAAUUUGUUUAGAUAUAUCGUUUCCUUGGGCGAGAGAUCUCUUUUCGAGACAGCAUUAACGUAUUGCAAGUUCUUAUUGAGCUUAUCACCAGCAGAUGACCCCAUGGGAGUGCGUUAUUUCAUUGACUUUUACUGCAUUAUGAGUGAAGAGUUUGGAUAUUUGAUCCAAUUGGCAGAAUCGCCUUUAGUUACUUGCUACACCAGGUGGUAUACACCGGGUAUUGCAUUCUCAACUGUUCUUGCAUACUUGCUGCUAAACAGAGUGGAUGAUGCUGAGAAGGAAAUACAAAAAGCAUAUGAGGCGUAUCCUUACGUUGCAUACAAACUACUCACCGAUGUGGCCCUUUCAAGUGUCCCAGGCGUAAAAGAGUCAGACUUUAAAGUCACCCAUGAAGUUGCUGUAAGUGCAGAGACAUACUUGGUGAGGGCAAAACUUUUAUGGCAGAGUCACCUUGGCUUCUUAGGUUCAAGCUUGGAAAAGCUCUUCAAAACAAAGCACAAACCAAACUCGACCUCUUACGCUAGCUCACUUUUUGGAUUGCUCAGCUUUGGGGCAAGAAAUACUGACGAAUUAUCAAACGAAGUCCCGUUCAACCUCAUUAGAUUUGCUAUUCUUUCCGGGGAAAACAAAAUAAUGGCAAAACUACCUAAAUCAAUAUGGGGUCGAGACGAUCUAUUUGAGUUUGAUGCAUUGCCUCCUAAAGAAGAAAAUUCUCAGGAAUUGAAUAUACAUGGUGGCUCCAAGAGGAUAUGUGAUUCGUUGAUUGAUUAUGUUGAUCAAAAUUUGCUCGGAGCAAUAGUACAAGAGAAUACGCGAGGUAUUGAAGCAGGGUUGAGUCCUGAAGAGACUGCAUUAUUGCAAGAAGCUUUGCGCAAUGUAGAUGGACAUAGCGAUGGGGAGGCAGAAGAUGCGGAUUAA